UUACGUGAAAUAUUCAAACCUGGCAACAGGGGGCUCGCGUUCCACCCACAGCUUGGUGUUAGCCGGCGUGCAAGGUGAACCUGACUGGUGUGUGCAGCUCAUAAACACUUCUUGGAAAGCCGAGGUUGUUCAUAAAUGCCUGUGCCCGUGUAUUUUCCAGACUCAGUGUUUGAAGUUUGAUGUGUGUUCCCGGUGCGGCUCCUACCAGCAGAUGGCAGAAGGGACCGGUCGUCUCUCCGUUGUGACCUUGCCCUGCAGCUCAAGGGUCAAGCACCCACCCACUUCGCUCUGAACAAAAGCAGGCAGACACAUGCACAGAGAGUACAUUCCCUCUUUCGGAGGUGCGCAAUAUUAGGACCACGCAGAGGCACAGAAAGUGGAGCUGAAGGGAAACCAGCAGUUUAUUCCAGUAAAUAAGCUUUAAAUGCAGCAGCGAGCAGUCAUAUUUCCACAUUCAACGCACACGGAACAAAACCAUUGUUCAGCACAGCCAGGAAGCUUAAAUCAUCUGACAGUACCACACACUAUCUGUGACAGCAGCAUUAAAAGCAGGUGUUAAGGACAAUUUACUGACAUGCAAAUUGGACAUAGCUGUGGACAGUGAUGGAGACUAUGGUGUAUCCGAUGGGUGGGGGGGCCACCAGGCUGUACAGCACUCUGACUCAGACCCUCAGCAGCAGCUCUCCUCUCCCUCUCCCUCCGUCCCACCUGGACCCCCACCCACCUGUUGACACAAACCUGGAUCCAGCUUUCUGCCAGGAGCAGAAGGGGUCCGAUCCAGUGGAGCUGCUACAACAGUGUGAGGAGGCCCUCGGGGACAGACCACCUCGCUUCCACAGGAAGUUCACUUACCUCAAUGAUGGAAACAGUGCCCCCAGCAGCUCCAUGAGGGUGAUGCAGUGGAACAUAUUGGCCCAAGCUCUGGGUGAGGGACUUGACAGUUUUGUUCAGUGUCCCCCGGAGGCCCUCAGCUGGUCCCGCAGGAAGUACCUCAUCCUAGAAGAGAUCCUCUCCUACCGACCUCAUAUCCUGUGUUUGCAGGAAGUCGACCACUUCUAUGAUACCUUUCAGCCAGUUCUGGCAAGCCUGGGUUACAGCAGCAACUUUUGCCCUAAACCCUGGUCGCCGUGCCUGGAUGUGGAGGGCAACAACGGCCCUGACGGCUGUGCACUGUUCUUCGAUCGGACACGAUACGAGUUCCUGGAUAGCGUGAACAUACGGCUCUCUGCCAUGAGGAUUCCAACCAAUCAGGUUUCUGUGGUGACGAUGUUACGUUGCCGGAGCACAGGGAGAUGCGUGUGCGUGGCCGUGACCCACCUUAAGGCUCGUUCUGGCUGGGAGUGGCUCCGCAGCGCCCAAGGCUCCAACCUCUUGCAACAUCUCCAGAGUCUGAUCCAGAAACACGCCGGCCCCACCGAUGCCCCUAACACCCCUCUGCUCAUAUGUGGUGAUUUCAACGCAGUCCCCACUGAGGAGGUGUACAGACGUAUCAUGGCGUCACCUCUCCGUUUGGACUCGGCCUACAAGAAACUGAGUCAGGACGGUUUGACUGAACCAGAGUACACGACGUGGAAGAUUCGACCAACAGGGGAAUGCUGUACCACUCUGGACUACAUCUGGUACAGUCUGGACACACUGAGAGUGGAUGCAGUUUUGGACAUGCCCACUGAGGAACAGAUUGGACCAAACAGGCUUCCAUCCUUUAGCUAUCCGUCUGACCACCUUUCUCUGGUUUGUGACUUCAGUUUUAAGGAGAAGGAGUGAUAAGGACAUGACGAACCAGCAAACAGGGAGGGACAACAUGUGAAGAGAGAGUCGACUGGCUCCUGGUCAGCUUCACUCAACAAGGUGUACAGUGGAGACGCCACGUCAACAGUGAAAGGGAGAGGAUGAAGACAGGACGCAGAGGAGCCAGAGUUCACAUAGCCAGUAUACUACAGUGACUGAAAAUACAGUGUUUUUGCUACACAUGUGGGGCUAAAUUUACUCCCUGACUACGCUCUCGUUGGUUAGCUUAUUACCAGCACUGGUCAUGCCUCUAUACUGUUGUCAGGAAUUGGUUCAAACUCCACUAAACUCUCAGAGACAGCAGACUAUAAGACUGACACCUCAAAUAUUUGUUUCAGUGCUAAUGUGAUCAAGUGCUGCCUGAGCAUUAGCAUCAGAAAUACAGUAGUCAACUGGUAUGACAAACUUGUGCACAAUAAUAUUUUGUAAUGUUUUAAUUGUGAAGGUUCUCGUGGAUUCAUGUCUGUUUAACUUUUUUAUUGGGGUGUGAAAUGAAGCCUAGCCUAUGGUCAGGUACUACAGUCAGGUUUUUAAAUGUCCCACAUACCAGACCAUCAAAGGCUUCUUUAGUACCACAUACCAAAUCAUGCACUGGCAUUAUUUUAUAAGAAGUUUUUUUUUUUUCAUCUGAGAAAAACUGAAUAUGACCCUGAUUUAUCUAUGCAUGCCUACCUUAUCAAUGAAACAAUAAGUUCUGUAAACUCAACUGGAUGUCAGAAUGUGAAAAGUAACCACAGAAACAGUCUGCACUCAAUGUGCUUCUGAUUCAUUGGAAAAAUAAAUGUUAUCACUACUCAAAAUAAAGGUCGCUGCCAACCAGA